AUGGUUAUCAUUAUAGAUUUGGACCGUGUUUUGAAAAAGGAACACGAAAUUAGAGGAAAUAAAUUGGAAAUAUCUGAUACGCCAUUUAAAGCCCGACCAGUUCCAAAGAAAAGAAGAAGACCACUAGAGGCAAAAGCAAAAGAGAAUGUUAAGCCUAGCGAAGAAAAAAAUAAGGAAACUCGGGCAGUUUUUGUCAGUGGCUUUUCCAUUGACACGGAUGACGAAACAUUGGAAAUGUUCUUUGAGAGUCCUAAACGAUCUGGUGGAGGAGAUAUAGAAAAAUUUGAAAGAUGUCAACCCGAUGUUGCUCUGAUUACUUUUAAGAGUGAUGAAGUGGCGAAGCGAGUUUUGAAGAAAGGAAACCUGGAACUCUCCGGUUAUCAUUUGCAACUCAGAGAAAAGAAAAUGGAAUUGACUCCUCCACUGGAAAAGAAUGUUAAGCCUAGCGAAGAAAAAAUUAAAGAAACUCGGGCAGUUUUUGUCAGUGGCUUUUCCAUUGACACGGAUGACGAAACAUUGGAAAUGUUCUUUGAGAGUCCUAAACGAUCUGGUGGAGGCGAUAUAGAGAAAUUUGAAAGAUGUCAACUCGAUGUUGCUCUGAUUACUUUUAAGAGUGAUGAAGUGGCGAAGCGAGUUUUGGAGAAAGGAAACCUGGAACUCUCCGGUUAUCGUUUGCAACUCAGAGAAAAAAAAAUGGAAUUGAGUCCUCCACUGGAAAAGAAAACACAGCAUGGGGACGAGGAAGCUUAUCUUGGUGAAGUUCGAACCGUAAUUGUCAGUGGUUUUUCCUCGGAAACAACAGACGACGUAUUAGAAAUGUUUUUUGAAAGCCACAAACGGUCUGUGGCAUCGCAGGUCUUGCUGCAAAAGGAAAAGAUGGAGCUUGAAGGGUAUCGUUUGCAAGUUAAGGAAAAGCAACCGGAGUUGUUUCUUCCACUAGACAGAAAAAAAAUAUAUGUGGAAAACCUAGACCCAAAAACGACCGAAGACGGAUUGCUCAAUUAUAUAGAAUUACGAGCAAAAACAGAGGCGUGUGCCGUAGAAUUUGGUGAUCACAGAAAUGCUGUAGUGAGUUUCAAUGACGUUCCAGAUAUAAACAACGUCUUACAAAAUAACAAGAAGCUAGAAGGAGCUGUUUUGAAAUUUUCCAAUCCUCCUGUUUGUAACAGCGUUCUUGUAACUGGACUAACCAAGAAGACCACGAAACAGACAAUCGAGAUGUUCUUUGAGAACGAGAAAAAUGGGGGGGUUGUCCAGAAUUUACGUUCCAGAAAACAUAAAUUGAAUAGCUCAUCAUUAACGUUGAGCGAAUACUACCCAUUUAUGCAAACCGUAAAAGAAACAACUACAAAAAUGGUAAAUCGGAAUUCUGAUGUGAUGGAUCAUGUCAUUAGGAAUUGUGAGGAGGAAUUCCGUGGUCUCUUCGGGGAAGAAAUACUAGAAAUCUUUAAAAAAAGCGAGGAAGAGAUUGAGUUGCCAACAGAAAUUGCCGAUACAAUUGAAAAGUACAUCGUACAGUUCGCAGUAAGUGAUGUACCACUCUGCGCGAAAUUACUAGAAAAUUCAAGGGAAGAAUUGGGGAACAUGAUAACAACCGUGCAAAAAAAUAAUGUAACUAUCACACUGGAAGAAGAGAAGCUCCAAAUAAAGCUUACAGGAAAGAAAGAAGAGGUAAAUGAGAUCUAUGAGCAGCUGAAAUACAACAUCAUCGAAAUGGAGGAGAAGUUAGAUGUUGCAACCGACCAUAUCGUCAUGCAUGGAAAUAAACUUGAAUUGCUUCUACUUCAUGAUGUCGAGAAUAUACUAGAGAAUGAUUUCCAGACUGACGUGAAAAUUGAACCACGGAAGGGGACUGUUACGUUUAAGGGGAAACCGAAACAAAUUUCCCAAGCUAAACAAGAAAUAUACAAGAUAGCCACGCUGAUAGAAGAAGAUAAUUUUCGUCUCAACGAGAUACAGGGGCAUUUUCUCCAAUCUGGUGGACUUGAUAUGAUAAAUAGAGGAAUGAAAGGAAUUGGUUUGAAAGGAAUGGUUUCACUGGAUUCGAAAACGAGCAAAGCUAAGAUACUUGUUUUUGAUAAUGUUAAUAUUGAAAGCAUUUACUCGUAUUUGAGAAGCAAUAUGUACCAAAAGCAGUACUCGCUCGACGAAGACAGCAUCACCCUUCUCAGAAGUAACAAAUGGAAAGAAUUUCAUGGGACCGCAACAACAAAUACGCCCGUUAAAAUAUACACAGAAACGAGUUCAAAUGAAAUUUCGCUGAUCGGCAGGAAACCAGAGGUGGAGGAAUCGUAUGAAAAGGUUGAAGAAUUUAUGAAGCGAAAUACUAUCAUAAAAUAUGGUAUUGAGCUCACUAAUGGACAUGCAGGAUAUUUGGCAGAGUAUUGUUCCGAGGAUAUUGAAGAGAUCGAGAAAAAAUUAGAAGAACAAUCGGUAAGAAUACAAUUCGUCGAGGACGAAGCAACAAUAAGUCUAGCCGGUACGAAAGAGGGCGUUGAAAAAGCAAAGAAUCAAUUGAAUACCAUUUUAUCAGGAAUAGCUAACGGAACGAUGGUUAUUGAUAAACCACGCAUGCAGGAAUUCCUUGAAUCCGAAGAAGGCAAACUGUUCAUUGGUGGAAUUGAAUAUAAACAUAAAUGCUUUAUCUUUCAAACCAAGAGUGGUGGUGGUCAAUCAACUGUGAUUCCGUCAACCAGACCCAAACCCGCUUUCGAAUUGCUCUGCAGUUAUGAAACACGAGAGAAGGUCGUAAUGAAAGUGUACAAAGGGGAUCUUACUAUACAUCGCUGUGAUGUCAUCGUAAAUGCUGCUAAUGGUGAUUUGAACCAUGCCGGUGGAUUGGCCGGAAGUCUAUUGGUUGCUGGGGGAAAUGAGAUCCAAGAAGAAUGUGAUGCUUAUGUGAAGGCAGAAGGUAGGUUAUAUGAUGGUGAAUGCUUUAAUGGAAGUCCUGGGAAGUUGCCUUGCAAGCGUCUUAUUCAUGCGGUUGCUCACCGGUGGGAUUCAAGCAAACAAGACAAAGUAUGUAAAACGCUAAGAGUUACCUGCAUCAGGGUCUUGGAAGAAGCUAAGGCCUACCGAUCAAUCGCUCUUCCUGCGUUAGGAAGUGGUAUUUAUGGUAUCCCGAAAGAUGUUUGCGCUGACAUAAUGAUCGAUGCCGCUGAAGAGUACAGCAAAACGUGCGACAAUUGCCUUCUGAAGGAGAUUCACUUUGUCAACAAUGACGACGAAAGCGGUCAAGCUUUUGUUAAAAAAUUCCAAGCAAAAUUUGGCGGUCGGACUUUGUUCAAGAAAGACCAAAAGAUGGGUGGAAGCAGAUUUUGUCCGGCAGAAUCCAUAUUUCAGAAUGAGGAAAGUGAUCGGGAAGAAUCAGAGGUUUUAGCUGAAGCUUUGCCGAGACAAAGGGCUGAUAAUUUCAUGAUUAAGGGAAACAUGAAGAUUUUGGUUGCAGUAGGAGAUUUGUCCACGUACAAGGCUGACGUACUAGUCAACACAACAGGGGAAAGUCUCAACCUUGAUUCCAACCCGUGUAGCAAGGCACUUAGUAAUGAGGCGGGUCCGAUACUACAAACUGAAUGUAGCAAGAUAGGCAAAUUGCAGCCCGGUGAGGUGGCUGUUACCAAGGGAGGGAAUUUGCUUUGUGACGACGUGUACCACGUUGUGUGCGUGCAGUGGAGUGAGGGACAAGGAGAGCAGGUACUGCGUACAAUCAUUAAGAAUUGCUUGCAAAAGUGCCACUCGAGUGGAAAGACCUCGAUUGCAUUCCCAGCUAUUGGUACAGGAAUACUUGGCUUUCCGCACGACGUAGCCGCGAAGAUUUUCUUUGGAGAAACCAAGGAAUUCGGACAGCGAGUUUCAAACUGCAGUAUUAAAGAAGUGAGCUUUGUCGUGUACUCCCAAGAUGCUAAGUCGAUCGAAGCAUUUACGAGUGCUUUGAAGAAGCAGUCAGAGUGGGACAGCAGUGGACCAGCUGCUCCUUCCCCUGUUACUGUAGGGCGUAAAAAAGGGAAGAAGAAACGAAAUGCUAAAUCAACGGUCAAAAAGAACGAUUCACCAUCAUCUUCGAUGACGAACCCAAGCGAAGGUGAAAAUAGUGUGUUGUAUAUGCAAGUUGGUGACGAUAAAGAAAUUGCGAUUGUGAAAGGAGAUAUAACCAAGGAAAAAACAGAUGUUGUCGCUCACCUGACUAAUCCAAGUUUGAUUAUGAAAAGUGGCGUCGCGAUGGUUUUAGCUCGAGCAGGAGGUAAAGAAAUAGAACGGCAAUGCAAAGAAAAGAUUGAUUCUGGUAAACCAUCGGCUGGGACAACAGUUUUUACCACAGCUGGGCAAUUGGAUGUCAAGUAUGUUGCUCACAUGGUCGCUCCGGCCAGUCCUACUUCCAGCGAUAUUGAGAAGUCCAUAAGCAGUUGCUUAAAAGAAUCAUCGGAAAAAGAAUGUGAAAGUAUUUCAUUUCCCGCCGUUGGAACUGGCUCCUUACAACAGGACCCCGAAAAAGCUGCUAAAACAAUUUUUUCAUCCAUAGCACGGUUUCUCAAAUCAAGCUCUGGUCCACUCAAAGUUGUUCGUAUUGUUUUAAAAGAUGACAAUCUUGUGACGGCCUUUUUAGCGUCCGUGAAGAAGUUUAAUGAAGAUGAAGAACCAGGAAUGUUGAAAAGACUGGCGAAUUUUUUCUGGAAAUCGGACCCAUCAACCGUAAACGUGAAAGAAAAGCCAACUGUUGUUGCAGUAAGACUUUUGCUAGAAAUCUACGCGAAAGACGAGCCUACUGUUCAACUUGUAAAAGGAAGAAUUUUAAAGGUCAUGGAUUCUCAAAAAAAGAAAGAAAAAAUAGAAGACGACAACAUAGAGAAAUUAUCUGAACAGCAAAUUUCUGAAAUACAGGAUUUGUGUGAUAUACACGAUGUUAAAGUUACGAUCGAGAAAAUACUAAACCGUAUUGUUCUGGUUGGGCACAGUGAUGACGUUUCGAAAAUAUAUGUCGAAAUUCACCGAAUUUUUACUCGCAUUCGUGAUGCAGAAAAAGAAAAAGAGAAGGCUGCUCUGCAAGAGGACUUUGCUGAGAUGGUUUCUCAAGGAGUUCAGUGGUUCUCCGUAGAUCCGACAAGUGGUGAUCACGAGGAAUAUGAUAAGCAUACAAAUGCAGUUAUCGAAAAGGCGUAUAGUAGAGAGGAAAAAUCGGUAAUUUUUCUCGUAAAUGAUGAAAAAUUCGAAAUUGUUUUUGAUCAGAUGCAAGAGACUAAUCUGGUUGAAAAUGAAACAAAAAAAGUUAUCAGGAAAGACCUAAAAGCUGAAGUAACUGUCCCUGAGUAUUGGGAAGCUCAACCCCGCGAUGCAAAUGGAAAAGAAACUGGAGUUCAUCUGGUUUGCCUUGACCCCAACAAUCCAAGCCACAAAGAUGAGUACAAAAAGAUUAGCGAUCUUUUCAAUAAAACUGCAUCUAGUCACACAAUCGUGCAAAUUGAGAGAAUACAGAAUCCAUCAUUGUACAAGCUAUACUUCAUAAAGAAGCGAGGCUUGGACGAAAAGAAGGGUAGUAACGAGAUGAUCUUGUUUCAUGGUACAAAGGGGGACAAAUUAAAGGAAAUAAAUGAAAGUGGUCUAAACAGGAAUUACGCUGGGAUUAAUGGAACUGCUUUUGGUAAAGGUGUGUAUUUUGCCAGGGAUGCGUCGAUGUCCGUUGGUUAUACUCAACCAGACUCGACAACAUCUAAAAGGUAUAUGUAUGUGGCAAACGUUGCAGUUGGUGAGUACGCAGCCGGUAAAAGUUCAAUGUUGGUACCGCCGCAAAAAAGUAAUAGCAUGCACUGA